CAUGACAGAUGAAAACCGCCCUCGUCUUCAAGUCAAGGCCGAGUUUUGCUUUGAAUCUGAAGAAGAUUGUGUUUGAGAUUGUAAUUUGUAUUCAUUUGAUGGACUUCGCAGACUUUACUUUAGUGUAGUGACGUCCGUAGUAAGUGUUAAAAGGUGCUUCAUGCAAACUGGUGUAAGAUUCAACCUUAAAGAGGAAUUAAAUGAGUCUUCGCUAUGCCCCUGACGGCUGAAGAGAUUGCCAACCGCUAUCCAAUCCACUGGCUGGUUUGGAACAAUAAGCAUGAGGAGUUGAAGAGCGCCCUGCAAGCUAAAAAGUUCUCUCAGGAGGAUAUAGAGAGACAUGACAACCGUGGACGGACACCACUGUUGCUGGCGGUUACGCUAGGCCACUUAGAGGCUGUGCAAGCUUUGAUUGAGGCUAAUGCUGACGUUAAUUGUGAGAAGGAUGGCUGGACUGCUGUCCAAGAAGCAACAGCAACGGGCAACCCUGAGCUGCUAUCCCUGGUGCUUUCACGGCGGGACUACCAGCGUCACGUGGUGCAGUCCAGCGGUAUACCAGAGUUACUGAACAAGCUCAGUUUAGCACCUGACUUCUAUGUUGAAAUGAAAUGGGAGUUUACAAGUUGGGUACCACUGGUGUCGCGAAUGUGUCCAUUCGAUACAUACAAAGUAUACAAACGCGGCGCAAAUGUGCGCGUCGACACUACGCUGGUGGGCUUCGAGAACAAUCGGUGGCAGCGCGGAGACAGGACCUACAUAUUCAGGGGGCAGGGUCGCAGCGCAAGCCUAGUGGAGCUAGACCACGAGGUGGGCACGUCUGGGUGUGAGUACUUCGAAGUGGGCGGCGAGCGCGGGCCGCGCGAGUGGCCGCCGCCGCCGCCGCACAUCAUAGACACGCGCCUCGCCGCGCCGCUGGCCAUCAACUACCUUGACACCGACAAGAUUAGCUUCGAGAGAAACAAAAGCGGCAUAUGGGGUUGGCGUCAAGACAAAACGGAAAGCGUAAAUGGAUAUGAGUGUAAAGUGUUCAGUGCUAACAAUGUGGAGCUAGUAUCCAAGACGCGCUCCGAACAUCUGCCCAAAGGGGAGAAGCGGGCUCACACUCCCCGGGCUCCCCUCGCCGGGCUGCUGGCGCUAGCGGACAACGAUGAGAGUGUCCCAUCUACCCCGGCCUCCCCUCUUCUUACGCCGGACAGAGAAGAACCCCCUCGGAGAAGUAGAUCUCGUGAAGACCUGACACGUGACGUGAGGCCUGUGACAUGGGAAGAGUAUUUCUCAGAGGAACCUCUGGACCGGGAAAUUGGCCGGCCUAGGGACAUCGCCACUAAAGUCCAGAAGUUCAGAGCUACUCUAUGGCUCUGUGAGGACUAUCCUUUGGAGCUCCAAGAACAAAUUAUGCCAAUCCUGGAUCUAAUGGCUUCGAUAUCAUCGCCCCAUUUCGCGAAACUAAAAGAUUUCAUACAGAUGCAGCUACCCGCUGGAUUCCCAGUUAAAAUAGAGAUCCCCCUUUUCCACGUACUAAACGCCCGGAUAACCUUCGGUAACAUCUUCGCGACGGAAACCCCCGUGCCUCACGUGGAAUAUAUACAGGAGGGAGACAGGUUAUCCUGUGUGGUGGACGAUCAGUGCUUCUCCAUCGGGCGAGGGUACCGGGACGCUACGGCUCCUGACGAGAGGCUCAGCUGUGAUGAUGAUGAGGGGCUCCUGCAGUACGCCAUACAGCAGAGCCUCAUGGAAGCUGGCACUCAUGAUGACCAGGUGGACGUAUGGGAGGCGCUGCGAGGCGCUCGGUCCACGUCGCCCGUGCCGCCGCGCGCGCGCCUGGCGCCUUCGCUGCUGGACCACGAAGACACGCACUUGCAGAGAGCGAUCGAGGCGUCCCUAACCAACGCGCCGUCGGACGUCUGCCUGCCGGACGCGGGUGCGGAAAUCGAUGCGGAAGUCGACGAGCUGGAUGCGGAUCUCCGUGCGGCGCUCGUGAUUUCCGCACGGGAACAAGCGGCCUUGGACCAACAGUUGCAAGACGAGCAGAAGGCGCUGGACGAGGCGUUGCGGCUCUCACUGUUGGAUAAGUAACUAGAUCUCAAAGUACCAAAACGUCCACCAAAUGAUUUAAGACUUAUAGAUACGCCUAAGAGUUUCGACUGAUUGUAAGAGCGUGCAAGAUUAGUUCUUAUUCCAAAGACGUAACGCCUAAAGCGGCCUGCGACGCCAUUGUAUUGGCUGCGUACUUCAUAAUAUUGAUGAAAAUAUUAAUUGACGGAUACAAAAAUAUAACGAUUUUUAAUAGCGAUUUAAAAAAUAUAAUAAUUACAUUAAAAAGCGCGGUUUUCUUAAAGUGACUUGAAGUGAUCGAAGAAUAAAAAAACUCGUAAUUAUUCUAUUUACAGGCCAAAUUACAGACUUCAAAUUUCAAAUUUAAUAGAGAAAUUAAUUUCGGGUUUUGCUAAUUGGCUAAAAAUAAAAUGCUUAAGUCAAAUUUAUCCCAAAGUUAAAAAUUAUUUUGGAAAAACCUUAAGAAAAAUUGCAUGAAAAAUUGCAUGACAGGUGAUUAAAGUUAUGUUAUGGUUACAGUUAAACUUUGACCGUCAAUAAAAGUCAACGACAUAAGUCAAUAUUCAUAUCCAUGAUUAAGGUUAAAGGUAAAUCUUGUGAAACACAUUUUGCUUUAAUUGACGGUCAAAGUUUAUCUAUACUAAUGUUAUAAAGCGGUAAAGUUCGUAAGUUUUUUUGUAAGGGGUAAUCUUUGGAACUACUUGUAACGAUUUUGAAAAUUCUUUCACCAGUAGAAAGUUACAUUAUUCCUGAGUGGCAUAGGCUAU